AUGGCACCCAAGCUUCAGAUAUCUGCGCCACUUGCCCUAACGGCGAUUCCUCCUCUCACGGCAUUUCAGCAAUUCAGGUCUAGUCCAUCACGCUUCAUAGCUAAUUGGCUCUAUGCGCACCGGCCGCGCAUUGCAUCAACACCGCCGACUCAUUCAUCGACAGCGGUGGCCGGUGUAGGAGACGAAGUCAGGGAUUUGAUAGCACUGGUCUGCAUCUCCGACACGCACAAUAGCACCCCCUCUGGAAUCCCCAAUGGCGAUAUUCUCGUGCAUGCGGGCGACCUGACUAAUAAAGGCACCUUUACAGAGCUUCAGGCCCAACUGGACUGGAUCAACACGUUACCACAUCCACAUAAGGUUGUCAUAGGCGGGAAUCACGACACCCUCCUGGACGAAGAAUUUAUCACUGACCAUCCCUAUCGAGUCGAGCCUGGCGAUGUUGACCGCCGACAUCAACUUAAUUGGGGUGGUAUUAAGUAUCUGAACGGGAACUCUACAACGAUCACUGUCCGGAAGCGCAACCUCACAUUCUUUGGAUCACCUCUUACCCCUCAAUGUGGAACCUUUGCGUUCCAGUAUCCGCCGAUACGGGACGUGUGGAAGGAUCGCAUACCAGAUGGAACGGAUAUCAUUUUGACCCAUGGGCCGCCAAAGGGACAUCUAGACCUUGGAGGGAAGGGAUGUGAGUGGCUGCUGCUUGAGCUGUGGCGGAGCAAACCGCGUGUGGUAGUGUUUGGCCACAUUCACCAAGGCAGGGGACAGGAGACUUUAACGUGGGAUUUGAUUCAAUAUGGAUACGACUUUCCGGGUUUCUUGAAGGUUGUGAUCAUGGCACUGACAUUAGGUUGGAGCUGGGCUGGAAUAAUAUUCGGGAGAAGAAAAGCAGAGAGGACAGUGCUUGUCAAUGCAGCGGUGGAAGAUAAUGAGGCUUCUAUGAAGGUCGUACACGUCUGA